GCAAGCUGCCGUUUUUUGUGCUAACUCACUACAUUUAAAGUUUGAUCAUCUAAGUCUGUUCUUUUUUAUUUUUAUAGAUUUGCGUUUCAAAAUGUUCCUGACAAGAUCAGAAUAUGACAGAGGAGUGAACACUUUCUCACCAGAGGGAAGACUUUUUCAAGUAGAAUAUGCCAUUGAAGCCAUCAAGUUGGGGUCCACAGCCAUUGGCAUUCAGACAUCGGAGGGAGUGUGUCUCGCUGUGGAGAAGAGAAUAACCUCUCCUCUGAUGGAGCCCAGCAGCAUUGAAAAGAUUGUAGAGAUCGACACUCAUAUUGGCUGUGCCAUGAGUGGCUUAAUAGCUGAUGCAAAAACUCUUAUUGACAAAGCAAGAGUGGAAACACAGAACCAUUGGUUUACCUACAAUGAGACGAUGACGGUGGAGAGCGUAACGCAGGCUGUGUCUAACCUCGCUCUGCAGUUUGGAGAGGAGGACGCUGACCCUGGCGCUAUGAGCCGUCCUUUUGGUGUUGCUCUGCUUUUCGGAGGUGUGGAUGAGAAAGGACCUCAGCUGUAAGUGCACAU